UAGAUGUGGGUUGGAGAUCCAAGCUCAUCCUUGAGGUCAGAGCAUUCUUCUACGUGUCUAACGGCUCUUUGUAGGGAAGAUUCUAAUCCAACGGAAAAUAUGUAACUCUACAAAGGAUCCAAUGCUUCGGAAAGCAUGCAUUCUUUGUACAAUCGGCAUCGGCAUCCCAUGAACCCGAGCAGAUGGCGCCCUGGCCGACCUCUGUCUCUUAACGUUACCGAAACAGAACUCGUUUCUUGUCAUCGAACGUGAAGCAUUUUGGUAUCGUUGGAGGAACAGAGAUCGGAACUGAGUUUCUGACCCAUGGGUCUUCAUAGAAGAUUGAUGCCCAUAAGCCGGUUGUUGGGGUCCUACACUGUAAAUCAUACUAGAGUGGGAGCUGUCCGAGGGUUAGCUAAGUUGAAUGAGAAGAAGGUUGGUGCCAAAGCAAAUCUCCUUGAUGGGGUUAAGGAUAUUAUAGCCGUUGCUUCUGGUAAAGGUGGCGUUGGAAAGUCUACCACUGCAGUUAAUUUGGCUGUUUCCCUAGCUAAGACUUGUCAACUCAAGGUGGGUUUGCUAGACGCUGAUGUGUAUGGGCCAUCUAUUCCUACCAUGAUGAAGGUUCAUGCAAAGCCAGAAGUAAACGAAGAUAAAAAGAUGGUUCCGAUUGAAAACUAUGGAGUAAAGUGCAUGUCAAUUGGAUUUCUUGUGGACAAGGAUUCUCCAAUUGUAUGGAGGGGUCCUAUGGUAAUGAGUGCUCUUGAAAAAUUGACAAGGGGUGUUGAUUGGGGAAAGCUUGAUAUUCUUGUAGUGGAUAUGCCUCCUGGCACUGGUGACGCUCAGUUAUCUAUGUCACAGAGGCUGCAACUGUCAGGUGCUUUGAUUGUAUCAACUCCUCAAGAUGUUGCAUUGAUAGAUGCCCGUAGAGGAGCUAAUAUGUUUCGUAAAGUUCAAGUCCCUAUUUUAGGAUUGAUAGAAAACAUGAGUUGCUUCUGUUGUCCACAUUGUGGUAAGAAAUCAUAUAUUUUUGGGAGUGGAGGAGCACGUAGGACAGCUGAUGAGAUGGAUAUGGAAUUCCUUGGUGAGAUACCUCUGGAGGAGGAGAUCAGAAGAAGUUCAGAUGCAGGAGAUCCUAUAGUAAUAUCAUCACCUGAUUCCACGGUCUCCAGAGCAUAUAAUGAAGUGGCUCACAAAGUUGUAAAUAGACUUGAGGAGCUGGCAAGGAGUAGGGAAAAUGGUCCAAAGAUUUUGUUGUGAGUAUUUACACUAAUUUUUGAAGGUCGGUCCUUAACAUAGACUACUGAUGGUACUUGUUGAUUCCCUUUUUUCCUGUUGUAUUUCUUUGAUUUUCUUUGGGUACAGUUUAAGAUAUUUAUUUAUUCUCGAAAGUUUUUUCAGACUGUACAGUGAAUUGUACUUGUCAGAAAAGGUGGUGCUCUUCAUUGCAGGCA